AUGUCGGGUCCAGUCCGGAAAGGCCUCUCUAACAUUCUCAGAAAGGAGGCCAACGAUAUAGUCAUCUUGUCCUCCCUCCGAACACCUAUCACCCGCUCCUACAAAGGCCAGCUCAAAGACGCCUACCCCGAAGAAUUGCUCGCCACAGUGCUCCGCGCAACGCUCGCAGCAAAUCCCAACCUCGAUCCUGCGCUGAUCCAGGAUGUCGGCGUGGGUGUUGUUCUCUCCGAACUCGGUGGCUCGAAAGCAGGGCGGAUGGCCAUGAAUCACAUCGGGAUCCCUACGACGACCUCCUUCUACACUACGAAUCGAGCUUGCAGUUCCGGGCUCAGCGCCAUCACGAAUGUUUCCCAUCAGAUUGCCACUGGCAUGAUUGACGUUGGGAUUGGGGCUGGGAUGGAGAGCAUGACGCGGAACUACGGCUCGAAGGCGAUCCCAACUGUUCUCUGGCCAGAACUCCAGAACAGCGAGGUUCAGGAUGCGAAGGAUUGUAUCAUGCCCAUGGGCUUGACAAGCGAGAACGUUGCCGAGAGAUACGGUGUCAACCGGGCGGACCAGGAUGCUUUUGCAGUUGCGUCGCACCAGAGAGCCGCGAAGGCUCAGCAGGAAGGUUUGUUUGACAAGGAAAUUGUGCCCGUACAUACCCGAUACCAGGAGGUGGUGAAGGGAGAGAAGGUGGGAGAGAUGCAAGACGUUACCGUGUCGAAGGAUGACGGGAUCAGGUUCAAUGCCAGUUUCGAGGGUAUGCAGAAGCUGAAGCCGGCUUUCAAGGAAGAUGGAACAUCAACCGCUGGAAACUCUUCCCAAAUCUCGGACGGAGCCGCCGCGACGCUGCUGAUGCGUCGGAGCACCGCGACCGAGCUCGGCUUGACAGCAUCGAUCAUUGGGAGGUGGGCUGGCACACAGGUGGCCGGCUGCAGACCCGACCAGAUGGGAAUCGGGCCUGCUGUCGCGAUUCCCAAACUCUUGGAGUGCACCGGCUUGAAGACCGACGACGUUGGCAUCUGGGAGAUCAACGAGGCAUUUGCUAGCCAGGCGAUCUACUGCUUGCGGGAAUUGGGCCUGGAGAAGCGCCUGGAGGAAGGGAGGGUGAAUCCUAAAGGUGGUGCUAUUGCAUUGGGUCACCCACUCGGGGCGACUGGUGCACGCAUGGUGGCUGGCUUGUUGCCCGAGCUGGAGAGGCAAGGGCUGGAGACCGGAGUGGUGUCUAUGUGUAUCGGUACGGGCAUGGGAAUGGCCGGCUUGUUCGUCAGGGAAUAA